AUGUAUAUCGUGAGGCGAGAGAGGCGGGAGGAGAGAGAGGUGGAUACGGGGAAGAGAGAGGAGAUUAUGUGGAGGAGAGAGAGGACAGUACGGGGAGAAGAGAAAGGCGAGUACGAGGAGAAGAGAGAGGCGAGUACCGGGAGCAGAGAGGCGAUUACGAGGAGACAGAGGCGAGUACGACGAGAAGACAGAAGCGAGUACGGGGAGGAGAUAGAGGCGUUUACGGAGAGAAGAGAGAGGCGAAUACGAGGAGGAGAGAUGGGUGCGGUGAGGAGAGAGAGACGAGUGCGAGGAGGAGAGAGAGGCGCGUUGGGAGAGGAGAGAGAGACAAGUACAGGGAAGAGAGAAACGAGUGCGGGGAAGAGAGAGAGACGAGUAUGGGGAGGAGAGAGAGGCAAGUGCGGGGAGGAGAGUGAAGCGAUAAUGGCGAGGAGGGAGAAGCGAGUACGGGGAGGAGAGAGAGACGAGUACGGGGAGGAGAGAGAGGCGUGUUGGGAGAGGAGAGAGAGACAAGUAGAGGGAAGAGAGAAACGAGUGCGGGGAAGAGAGAGAGACGAGUACGGGGAGGAGAGAGAGGCAAGUGCGGGGAGGAGAGUGAAGCGAUAA